CCUACGGGCGCCACGUGAAACGCCGUCCGUGCGGAGUGAGUCAUCUGCUCAACAGACGAUCUUUGGACGGAAAGUGGCAAGUUCUACGUUGUGCGCACGCGCUCCCCGGGAUUAAUGUCAAGGCACAAAAGUGGCGCUACACCGUUCCGAGCUCUACUCCGGUGGUUGCCUUAGCAAUGGACGGGGAGUCAGAACCAAACCCUGCCGUAGCAGAAAAGGCAGGGGAGCGGGUGGAGCCCAUGGAUGCCACUCCCUCCCCCCAGCAACAGACCACACCCCCCUCAGAGGAGGCUGGGGAGGCAGUUUCCAUGGUAACAGAAGAUGGAGCCACAAAGGAGGGUGGCACAGAGGACAAUGAUGAUGAUGUGGUUCUCGUAGGGGAGGAGGCUCCCCAGCCUUCUGCCACAACCCUUUCCCAAGACACGCCCAGCACAGACUGCCUAGAGCCAGCUGCUGCCGUGGCAACUGUAGACAUGUCCACGGCAGCGAUGCCUUCCAAGACCCCCAGUUCUCCUGCGUCUUCCAUCACAUCCACGGUGGCAGCACCUCCUAAACCUCCAACCACAGAAGCAGAGCCUAUUGUCAUUGACGAUGAGGAGGACUCUGAACAGAAAGACACUUCCUCCUCACCUGUGCACCCUGGAGACUCCUCAGAACCCCACUCGCCAGGUGCACUCAGCAGCACUGAGCCAGAUUCAGAGAUCAGGAUCGCCAGUGUCACCACACUGGGCUCCAGUAGCCAGAAAGGAAGCUCCACCAUUUCUGCAGUAAAUACUCCACCACAUGCUGUGGACGUCCAUGCAGACAUGAACCUGAUGAUAACCUCUGUGACAUCACUGCAGGACGGGGCAGCAGCUAUCACAGCGGCAGGUGAAGGCCAGGCAGAGGAAAAUGGUCUGCAGAUCAGCAGUGCAUUCAGCCUGAAUGCAGACACCCCACCUGGUCGACCAACAGCCUCCUUCAACCCAGGGCGAGGCUCAGGCCCCAUGGGCCAGCUGGUACAGAAUGGAGACACAGGGACGCACAACAGAGCAGACUCGUGGAUCUCCCAGUCAGCUUCAUUCCCCCGCAACCAAAAGCAGACAGGUGUAGACUCUCCGUCACCAGCCACCUCCCUGCCCAAACCUCCAGGCCAGUCUUCCUCAUCUACUUCCUCCUCAGGCUCCCAGCCACAGCCCAGGACCGUCAAGGUGACCUGUGCUAACUGUAAAAAGCCUCUGAAGAAAGGCCAAACGGCUUACCAACGUAAAGGCUCCACACACCUGUUCUGCUCCACCACCUGUCUCUCUGCCUUCUCACACAAACCCGCCCCCAAGAAGAGCUGCACCAUGUGUAAAAAGGACAUCACAAACAUGAAGGGUACCAUCGUGGCCCAGGUCGACUCCAGCGAGUCUUUCCAGGAGUUCUGCAGCACGGGCUGUCUAGGUGCAUACGAGAACAAACAAAACCCACCCAAAUCAGCCCUCAAAACAAAAUGUACUGUCUGCGGCAAGCUCACAGAGAUACGGCACGAGGUUAGCUUUAAGACUGUGACCCAUAAGAUCUGCAGCGACACAUGUUUCAACGUUUACCGCAGGGCCAACGGGUUGAUCAUGAACUGCUGCGAGCAAUGUGGCGACUACCUGCCCAGCCGAGCGUCAGCAAACCACUUCCUGCUGGUCGAUGGCCAACAGAAACGCUUCUGCUGCCAGAACUGCAUCAGGGAGUACAAGCAGGCCCACAGUAAACUUGCGAGCUGCUUGACUUGCAAAACGCUGAUAAAGACAGGCGAGGUGCUCCACAGCCUCGGAGCGGGAGGCACCAUGGGCUCCUACUGCUCCGUCAACUGCAUGAACAAGGGCAAGCUGGCGUCAACCUCCUUCAUCAACACAGAGCCCACAUGUCACUUCUGUAAGAGGAAUUCAUUACCGCAGUACCAGGCCACGCUGCCAGAAGGAAACAUCCUAAACUUCUGCAGCUCACAGUGUGUUACCAAGUUCCAGAAUGCUACUCUUCAAACGGCCACCAAUGGACAGACGCCCCUCUCUACUACAAACAACAGCGUCCAGCUGAAAUGUAAUUACUGUCGAGGAGCAUUCAGCUUGAAGCCUGAAACACUGGAGUGGGAGGAUAAGGUCUACCAGUUCUGUAGUAAGACAUGCUGUGAGGACUACAAGAAGCUCCACUGCAUUGUGACAUUCUGUGAGUACUGCCAAGAGGAGAAGACGCUACAUGAGAUGGUCAAGUUCUCCGGGGUCAAGAGACCUUUCUGCAGCGAAGGCUGUAAGCUGUUAUUUAAGCAGGAUUUUAUCAAGCGGUUGGGUCUGAAGUGUGUCAGCUGUAACCACUGCAACCAGCUCUGUAAGAGAGGUGUGACCCGGCAACUUGGCGGCAUGACCCGGGACUUCUGCAGCGAGGCCUGUGCCAAGAAGUUCCACGACUGGUACUACAAGGCGGCGAGGUGUGACUGCUGUAAGGUGCAGGGUAACCUGACGGAGUCUGUCAUGUGGAGAGCAGAGAUGAAGCAUUUCUGUGAUCAGGAGUGUCUGUUGAAGUUCUACUGCCAGCAGAACGAGCCCAUCAUGGUCACACAGAAAGGCCCAGAGAACAGCAGCCUAGGGUAUGAAAUGCAAGGGGCCAAACUUGGGCUGGUGAACCAGGGUGCUGGGGCGUACUCUGGUGGAGGUUUGGUGAGAGAUGUCAAGAAUAAGGCAGUGCUCUGCAAGCCGCUCACUCUGACCAAGGCUACCUACUGCAAGCCACACAUGCAGAGCAAACUUUUACAGACAGAUGUAGACGAUGGUGUGAAGAGGGAGUAUGUUCCUGUACCCAUACCUGUGCCCGUCUUCAUCCCCAUGCCCAUGAAUAUGUACUCCCAGGUCACUCCCACUCCAGUCUCUCUGCCUGUACCGGUUCCUGUGCCUGUGUUCCUGCCCACCACCCUGCAGGGGGCAGAGCAGAUCGUCCAGACAAUCAAAGAACUGAAAAACAAGGUGCCCUCUGACCCUCUGGAGGCCGACCUGCUGUCUAUGGCUGAGAUGAUCGCAGAGGACCAGAAACCAGAUGUGAAGUCGGUGAAGGUGAAGAGGGAGCGUGGAGGGGAGGAGUCCUCCAGCAGCAGCAGUUCUGAGGAAGAGGAGGAGCAGGAGGAGAAGGGGCAGCUGGCGGAGAAGGGGGUACAGAAGGAGGAGGAGCAGGAGGAGGAGCAGCAGCAGGAGGAGGACAAGUACGAGUCCGACCUGGACCUGGAGGCAGACUUCCCUCAAGCCUCAGACCCUGUUCCAGUCCUGGAGGGAAUGGACGAGGACAUGGGCUUCUCUCUACCUCCAGUCCUGGCAGAGGUGAAGGAGGAGCCGGAGCAGUCGGCCCCUCAACCACAGCCCAGAAGACAAGGGAACAAGAGGCAGGCGGUAGAGGAGAGCUCAGAUCUAGCCUCGUCCUCUUCUCCCCAUGCAACAGCCAGACACUCAGAAGGACGGUCGCUUCCUCUCAAAGCUCGCUAUGGCAUCCAUGCCUGGAAACGCUGGGCUCUGUCUCCUUCUGACCAAUCAGAUGACACCAAAGAAAAGGACAGCUCCAAACCACCCCGGUCUAAAAGUAACCUGUUGUUGCUGAGUUCAGAGGAACUGAACGUGGCUCUGUCCCGGUUUGUCAGGGAGGUCUCCAGGCCCAGUGGGGAGCGUUACUCUCCAGACAGCAUCUUCUACCUCUGUCUGGGGAUCCAGCAGCAUCUCCAUGCCAAAGGCCGGAAGGAUGACUUGUUUAGUGACCCGUGCUACCAGCAGUUUGGCGAGGAGCUUAACAAGGUCCUGAAGGACUGGCAGCCCAGUGUGCUUCCUGAUGGCUCGCUGUGGGGUCGAGUGGAGGAGCAGAGCCUGUGGAGCAGCCGGCAGCUCGGGGAGCAGAGUCCUGCUGCUCUGCUGCGCUCUCUGGUUUACCUGAACACGAAAUACUUCGGUCUGCGCACCGUGGAGCAGCACCUCCGCCUCUCUUUUGCCAACGUCUACGGCCCUGAUACCGUCCAUCCUGUCACCAAGGAGACCACCGUCUGCAUCCGCGUGCCUUCCAUCUCUCAGGAUAACCACGUGCAAACAGAGUCUAGGAAGAGGAAGCGUGAGUUGGAGGAUGGCGAUCAGGACUAUGAACCAGACGACUCAGGAGGCUCCACUAUACGCUGUCCGGUUAAGCAUGAGUGUCAUCUAUACGACCUCUACAGAUCUAAGUGCCCGGCGUUGUUGCGGGAGCGUCUGGAUGUCUUCUACGUUCAGCCAAAUCCGGCCUGCAGUCCUGAGGACCCGUUGUGGUUCAGCUCCACACCACUGGAGCGACAGAUCCUGGAGAGCCUCCUCACCAGAGUCCUCCUGGUCAGGGACAUUUACACAGACAAACAACUCCUGGAGGAGGAAGAGGGCGGGGGUGAAGCAGUUGGGGGAGAGUAGCGGUCGCUUGGACUUCUGUUAGUAGAGCCUGAACAGUCGGCAGAGGAGGAGGAAGCGGACGGUAGCUUGUAGUGUGUGCACGCUCCUCCCCUGUCUUAUCAUCUGCUCCUCCUCCUCCUCCUCGCUGACAUGCUGUUUCCUCCUGGUGAGGGGUGUCCACAACAGGGAACUUGAGAUAGUAGAGGGUGAUGAAAGUGGUGUUGAAGAGCAGCCCAAACUUCUGCUGAUAGAUUCACAAACAGAGGAAGAGGUAAUGAAGCUAGUGGACAAACACUUAGAUUUUCCCUCCAGAAGAGGAGGACAGGCACACACGUCCUGAUGUGUGAUGGGACCUAGUUGGGAGAAAUAGGAGGAUGAGGAGUAAGAGUUAAAGGAGGUGGAGCUGUAAUUUCUCCUUAUGGUCAAACAAAGUUAAAUCAGGUAGAAGGCAAAUUAUCAUGGAUAUCAUCAUGAUAUUUUGGAAAGAUAGGAUGUGCUGUUGUGCGUUGCCAGCAGUUCUGAUCUCAAGACGUGUUUUUAUAGUGUUCAGACAAGCAGCUUGAAAAUAUUUAAACUUUGAACAACACAGAAUCAUGCUUGAACAAAGGUUAUCUGCAGCAACCAGGAGGCUACAAGGUGAACAGACAGGAUGUCAUGGAGUUAUUUUCUCUAACUCUCAGCUUCAUGUCCUCCUUGCCAUCGCUCUGUGGAUGGGAAAAUGAGUGGAGUGCUUCGGGUAAAGAGAGUAACUUAAUUUUUUACAAAGCAAGGGAGAAGGCAGAUUAAUGGUCUGGGUGAAACCAGAACCAGGAGGAAAAGGUAGUGGAAGGCUGAUGCUGUGUCUAAAAAGUUGGAAGUUAGAAAUUCCCUGCUGGUAGGUCGAAAUUCCAUCUUUUGAUACAAAAAAUACAAGCACGAUCGUUUGUUGUUGUUUUUUUUUUUUUUGUUUUUUUUUUUUUAGGUCAACAUUCAGCAGCUAAUCGUGCUUCUUUGUAUUUCAAAUACAAUUGUUGCACUGACUAUGAAAGGUGGAAAGAUUCAGGACCCCACCUAUCAUUGAUGUAACAAUGUACUUUUGUCUAGUGCUACUUCACGGUUGGGGUUUCAAAAUUUCUACUGUUGGAAGGAGGCACAUUUCAAUCUUCAAUUCACUACACCAAAUAUUUGUUUAGUGAAUCUAAGUUCAGUCUGAUUGAACUUUUACAUUUGAAAUCAUGAAAGAGGUACUGUCAAUUUGCGACUGGGAGCAAAUACAUCUUGCUCCGUUCUUCAUAGAAAUAAAUGGUGAGCAAAAUCGGUUCUGACUGCACCAUAAAGGUAUGGUGACAUUACACUUCCAUUUUGCAAAUAUUCACUCCGCUUCCCAUUCACCUUUUAUUGAAGCCCGUAUGACAGCCAAAUUCAAGCAUGCGUUUCCUGUUUCGGUGCGAUCUCCAGCCGGCUCUGGUGGUUUCGCAGGUCAGAGUUCACCUUUGUUUCAUCACCAUAUUUAGUACGUUAUCACACUAUCAGACUACAAACUGCAGCGUCGCUCUCGCACACUGCUCUGAUCAAUAUUUAAUACCUGCAUCAGAAACGUGCCAUUACACCCUUUUUUGUGGCCGAGUGCGGGGCAAUUUCGUAGGAUGGGAAUGUUAUGUGACCGUACCUUUUUUUUUUUUGCAGGGAAUAUUGUGAAGUCACCAAACGUGUACCUCAGUGUACCAAUAAGAAUGGAAAAAGCUGUAAGUCAUCCGCCUUAACAGGUUAACAUAAGAGUCAGGGAGAUGUCAGUCAAGCACAGACCAGUAAAGGGAUCUAAUCAGGUAAAAUAAGUGAAGUCACCUGUGUGGGUCUGUAGCGCCUUUUAAGAUAAGAUGAUUUUAAAAGUGAUUCUGUUUAGUGCUGACAGUGUCAAACGCCAAUAAGUGCACAAUGGAAACCUCCAGUAAGAAAAUUUUUGCCACCUGUGGUCUUUUUGUCACAUUUUUCACUGCACAAGGAUGGAAUUUCUGACUUUCCGACAUGUCUGGAACGUGCCACACGACCAGCAGCCUCUUCCGCUCAGUCAGGGCGACCUACCAUAUCCCACAUCUCCAUUAACUGGGCUGCUUUCAUUCCUUCCCAUCAUCCCGUCACUACUCUUCCUCUGUCAGUACUGCUCUCAGGCGAAACUGUUGUACCACAGAGGACUUCAGCUCAGAAGGGCAGGAGUCAGGACUGAUCCCAGGACGGUGAAAGAGGACUUGAUCUAAACCUCGUGUUAUCUCAGUCAGUCAAACCUGACUGGCUGUGGUGCGGCGUAAAGGCAACUUACCCACAUGCUGCGUUUCUUUUAUAGGACAUUAGGGGAACCCUCAUCCAUGCAAUGUAGCAUUAUGUGUGUACUAAGCCCAGAUUGGGUUGCUUUGAAGUGUAAAUAUCUCUGAAACAGGACGGUUAUUUGAGAUGGAGUCAACACAGAGGGACACUGUAGUUUGGGGAAAAUAAAAACACCCACUGAAACCUUCCGCUUGAAAUCCCGCCUCCCGAGAAGCCUUUUUAAAAAGACUGAUUAUUUAUUUGUUUUUUAUUAGUUUGACUGUAUCCUCUUUACGUUGGGAUGGGAUUUUUGUGUGUGCCAUUUCCUUCUCAACCGUCAUUCAACCUGCUGCAGUCCCUCGCCUCUCUCUUGUCCAUUAAAGGGUAUCGUGCAGGAACCUGCUAAACAUGAAGGACACUGAUUAUUCAGAGCUCAACAGACUAUUUUUGAAAGUUUCCAUUCUGCCUUUUCCCCAUGUUUGUAUUUUCCUGGCGUUUGUUAUUCUUGGUCUCCUUUUAAUCUUAAUAUUGAUUUAGUUUGAAAACUGAGCACUUAAUAAGUGCCCUAUUAUUCUUCCAAGCUGUUUUAGUGCUAGCACUGCAAAGCAAACGCUUGUAUUGUAAUAAAGAAUUGGUUGGACAUUUGAAUUUUUUAUUUUUCAUGAACUAAACUCAUGUUUUCUUUCCAAGUUACACUAUCCAUUGUUAAUUUCUUUAUUUUUCUAUUUAUGUGGUUCAAGAAGUACUUUUUUUUUUUAAAACUUUCUAUGUUUUGAGUUUUAUUUGAAUUUGCUUUCUGAUUGUUUGAAUAAAUUGGAGAAAGUGUCAUCAAGUUAAAAUCAAGUGACGAUUAUUUGAGGGUUGAUCACUUAUAAACUUUAAAGAGUGAGAAUACUCUGUGAUGUAAUGCUGGCUAAAUUUUACACCAAACAAAUGUACGUUUUCACAACCAGUGCUCAAAAUAUAAGGAACACCCUCCAGAUGAGUUUGACCCACCAUGAACACAAUGUCUCAAAUUUCUCACUCACAAAAUCAAACAUGUCAUCUUUGCACGAUUCACAUCACUGCUCCUCCUGACUGAAGUGGUCUGGGAAUCCACUGUUACAGUUUUAUUUACCUAAAAAGCCGGUGUUCCUGUUAUUUUGUACACUUGACUGUGCAUUUAAAUGGUCUAGAACUGCAGUGUAACAUUUCAGGAACAAAGGUAGUGGAUUUAGAGGGAUAACAUUGGUCCAAACCUUUAAACUUGAUUGUGGAAGUUAACAAAACUUACCCUUGAUCAUAGGACCCUGGUAAAACCUGGCUGAUUUUCCUGCUGGACUCGGAGGCAGUGACCGAACCUGCCACAGGUUUGGACCUACAGUAGAAGCUGUUGCUGGCUUUAAUGCCUAACGUGAAUGUGCCUAUCUGUAUAUACUGAAAGUGAGUGAUUGUGACUUGAGUCUGAUGCUAUGUGUGUGGGCUGAUCUGCUGAUCUGGUCGUGUUAAAUAAAUGAUUUCAUUUUCUAACCAGA